CAUAAUUAGAAUUUGAUAGAGGAAAGGAAGCCUCAAGAAUGGGCUAUGAAUGUAAGAAGCCCAGUUGAUAUAAAAAUAAAAUUUCACAAACAAAUAAAUAAAUCCAUGAGCUGAAGCAGAUCUGCGUCGCGUUCUAAAAGGACUCAAAAGCCUAACUGUUUUUGUCAAUUCUUGAUCUCAGUGAAGCGUUGUUAGAACAAUAGAUAGCAAUAAUGUCAAGGAGACAGGGAAAUCCUGCUAGACGCUUAGCUGAGAGUGGAAGCCUUCCUUUUGGUGGAUCCGUUCACACGAAAUCACGUUCUUCUCCAUUACUUUCAAUUGGCCUUGUGGUUGUGGGUGCAAUUCUUCUGGUUGUGUAUUGUUACAGUGGCUCAGGUGGACGUAUCAGUGAAAGAGAAGCUUUCAGCAAAGUGGAAGGUAGUGGCUCAUGCACAUUAGAAGUUCAAAAAGCAAUACCUAUUCUGAAGAAGGCUUAUGGUGACAGCAUGCUUGAAGUAUUGCACCUAGGCCCUGACACAUGUUCUGUAGUAGUGAAGUUGUUGAAAGAAGAAAAAACAGAAGCCUGGGGUGUGGAACCAUAUGACUUGGAUGAUUUGGAUGCCAACUGCAAGAGUCUUGUGCGCAAAGGCAUUGUGCGUGUGGCUGAUAUCAAGUUUCCGCUGCCUUACCAGGCAAAAUCAUUUUCUCUUGUUAUAAUUUCAGAUGCAUUGGAUUACUUGUCUCCAAGAUAUCUCAACAAAACUCUUCCUGAAUUGGCAAGGGUGUCUUCUGAUGGUGUCAUUAUAUUUUCCGGCUAUCCAGGUCAGCGUAAAGCAAAGGUUGCUGAGUUAUCUAAGUUUGGCCGUCCUGCCAAAUUUCGGAGCUCGACAUGGUGGAUAAGGUACUUUCUUCAGAAUAGAUUAGAGGAGAAUGAAGCUGCUGCAAAGAAGUUUGAGCAGGCUUCAGUAAAAAGGUCAUAUAAACCGGCCUGCCAAGUUUUCCAUCUUAAAUCAUAUCAUUGAGAAUCUCUACAUCACUUCAAGCAUUUGCUCUUGAUGCUUCUUGGCAAAAACCAUGCCAAUAAGCACCUUAGGCACCCAUGGUUAAAUUGUUCUAUAGAAAUUACAUUUGCUUUGUUUUUUGUGUCAUCCGUUAAAUUUUUUCGAUAAUUUAUUUUCCGGAGGAAAUGAACAUUCUGAAUUCGAUUCUACAA